AUGUCUCCUCCAACUGCGCAGUUUUUGAACAGUUCGCAAGCAGGACAAAAUCAAAGCCAAGAAGGCCAAGCAUCAGGUCAAACAGAGGAGCAGAGCCAGGACCAGGGACAAGGUCCUACUACCAUUCUGAAUCAAAGUCAACAGCCACAAUCACAGACACAACAUCAACAACCAAGGAAUGAAUCGAUUUCAUAUUAUACGAAUUUCAAUCAGCCACGAUAUUCUACAGACGCGUCUAUCAACUCGUUUUUAAACAUAUCCGAUAACGUGCCAGCAGCAAGUGCAGGAGUGUCUAAUACCGGUAAUGCAUUUUCUAAUCUUCCACGGCUCUCUACUUCCAGUCAACAUCAAGCACCAGACUUGUCGCAAAUCGGACGCGGCUUUUCCAUUGUAAACAACCUUUUCCCACAACAGCAACAACAUCAACAAUUUCAAAAUCAACAUCGGCAACAGCAACAGCAACAGCAACAGCAUCAGCAGCAAUCACAACAGCAGCCUCCAUUCAAAACUCCUUCAUUUUCUUCGGGAUUACCGGGAAGUUCUUCUCAAUACCAGUUUUUGCCAAGAAAUGAGGUUUCUUCCCAACCACCUUCAAAGCGGAAUUCUGUUUAUCUUGGACCUAAUGACGGAACAGAUUUUGAAUUUUUUAGCAUGCAGCAAUCACAGCAACCACAGUUUCAGCCUAGUAGCAGGAGAGAAUCAAGUUCAAUGAGACCACCGCUCUUAAUACCCACCGCUAACGCUAAAAACCAAUCUAAUGGCGCCAAUAAUAACGGAAAUAUAAAUGUAAAUUCUGAUUACGAAUCAUUUUUCAAUGCCAAUGCAGGUACCAAUAGCAGUAAUCAAAAUCAAAAUCCAUAUUUCUUAAGUUCCAGGAAUAAUUCUUUGAAGUUCAAUCCAGAAGAUUUCGAUUUUCAGUUUAAAAGGCGGAAUUCCUCUGUUAGAGGCACCUUAGAUCAUAGUAGUCAAAAUUCUUUCAUACCUGAGCCAAGAUUAAACUCCCUUUCCAUUAGUAGCAAAACCAAUAAUGACUCCACUGUCGAUAAUAGUAAUAUUAAUGAUAGCAUUAACAACAGUAAAACUAACGAAAAUGAUAACGACGACGGUAAUAACGGCAGCACCAAUAAUAAUAAUGAUAACAAUGAUAAUGAUGACAGUAGUAUUAACUCUACAUCCAGUACUAAUAUCCCAAACCAAGAUGGCCAUAACCUUGUUUCUACCAGCAUCACAAACAAUAGUAGGAAGGAUCUAAAGGAAAUAGAACAAAGACUUCGAAAGCAUUUGAAUGAUGAGGAUGCUUACUCGAACACGAUAUCAAGACCCCUAGACAAAAAUCCUGAAAUUAUUGAAGGUAAUGAAAGACCGGACAAAGAAAUAGAUCAGCCUAGUUUGCAAGGGAACAUAAGUAAGAAAAGGAAGAAAGAUGACUCUGCUCUAUACAUUAAAAAUGAGACCCCUCACUCUGGCUCAUCAAUAGUCAAAGACAACUCAGUUUCUGAUGAAACUACUACAAUGACCAAUUUUUCUAAUAAAGAACCUCCAAUGGCAGACAUGGCUUCAGUAAAUGAUGAGGCCACUAACCUGAUAGGUGCGACAAAGGUUGAUCAACUGAUGUUAAUCAUUCAAGCAAGAAAAAAAGGUUUCACGGAAAAAGUAAACACUACUCAGGAUGGUGAUUUAUUGUUCAACCAAACUAUGGACAUACUACCACCCAAAAAUGAACUAGUAGGUGGGGUGGAAAAACCAAAGGGGACUCAUAAUACACGAACCGUUAAGAAACACGAGUGCCCGUAUUGUCAUCGACUUUUCUCGCAAGCAACUCAUCUAGAGGUACAUGUUCGUUCUCAUAUAGGGUACAAGCCAUUUGUUUGUGAUUACUGUGGCAAACGAUUUACUCAGGGCGGAAACUUAAGGACCCAUGAACGAUUACAUACUGGUGAGAAACCCUAUUCAUGUGAUAUUUGUGAUAAGAAAUUUUCAAGAAAAGGGAACUUAGCUGCCCACUUGGUUACUCAUCAAAAACUAAAACCUUUUGUCUGCAAGUUAGAAAAUUGUAACAAGACAUUCACUCAAUUAGGCAACAUGAAAGCUCAUCAGAACAGAUUCCAUAAGGAAACAUUAAAUGCUUUAACAGCUAAAUUAGCCGAUAUGAACCCAUCUGAAAAUAUUCCACCGGAAGAACGACAACUAUUGGAAUAUUUUGCAUCGAUUUAUAAGAAUUCAAACAGAGGAAUCAAGGGUAGGGGGAAAGGAGUAGGAACGAAAAAAUCAACGAUCUCCUCACCGGAAAACCAUUCUACGAGCAUUAUUUUGAACCCUAAUGCGAAUACGAAUAAUAAUAUUGCUGCUAAUGGUCCUGAAAAUACCAGUAACCCUGAAGGAAACAUCGACGGCAAUACCAAUAAUAAUUUGAACACACAUGCUAUGAUAUCACCGACUCAAAAAGAUUUGGGAACAUUGCAAUCUCAAUUUGUUCAAAACAACUUCAACAAUUCUGUGAACACCUCAAAUUCUUCUAAUCAAUCAAUAAUUAACUACAAUUACACAACUUUACCCCAUUCUCGAUUAGUAAACAGUAGCUCUAAUAAUGCUGACACUAACAACAACAAUUUCCCUAGUGCAUCCGUAGGUGCUCCCGGUGUACUAAUGGCAUCAACCGCUAAUAAUGACUUCAAUUUCAACUUGGAUCAGUCUGGUGAUAAUGGGAGAUCUCAACAAGAAGUUAGAUUUAAGAACAUUAAUUACAAGAGCUAA